AUGAAGGCCUCGUUCUUCCUUGCUCUCCCUGCCAUUGUCGCCGCGGCUGCUACCCCUCAGGUGAAGGAGCGACAGGUCCCAAAUCUCUUGGACCCUGCGUGUCUUCUCCAGGUCUCUGAUAUCAGCACUUGUCUCCCAAACCUCGACCUCGACAGCGUUGUUAAAUUUGAUGACAUCCUUCUUUGCCCCAUCAGAAUUAUUAUCCGAAUUCUUACUGAAUGCGACGCCGUCCCUAACCUUCUCAAGUAA